UGGCGGACGUCAGGGAAGAAUCCUUCAAGAGGCUGCUGAGGAGGUGUCUAGUGAGACUGGACCACCCACUUCCAUCACUGAUGACUUGCAAAGACAUCAGUCAGCGCCAUGCUCAGUACUGUCAGGACAGAUGGCGAAGGAGACAGUACCAGAUGCGUAUAACUGACGCCGUCCAACACUUCAGGAGCCUUCCCACGAAAGAAAUUGUUGAAAUCUACAUGGAGCGACAGAGCUGGAGAAGCAACCGCCCCAAACCUUCGGAUGUUCUAAAGGCAUGGAAACCUCCGCAGUCGCGAAGAAAGCACAGACGCUUUCCGAACUUUGAGGCAAAGGUGGCCUCUCAGGACUGGGACGGGCUAGUCGCCGUCGAAGACCAAGCGAAAGGGGGAUUCGCCUUAAAGACCACUCGAGUGUUUAAAAAAGGAGAACUCGUCUGCGACUAUCACGGAGUCUUGAUGGAUGGGAAAGAAGGAGAGGAGGUGCAGCGCUCCAUCACCGACGGGAAGUGUUACAUCUACUUCUUUAGGCACCAAGAAAAAAAGAUGUGUGUAAACGCUACGAAGGCUCCAUGCGACUGCCACCCAGAUAUGUCUUCCACCUUCGGACGGUUAAUCAACCACUCCCGCAAGAGAGCCAACCUGAAGCCGCUGGUAAAAUGCACGCCUGAAGGAAGAGUCCCAGUGAUUCUCUUCGAGGCUACGAAAGAUCUUCCUCCGGGGACUGAACUAUUUUUUGACUACGGAGUGAGGAGACGCACUUACGGCGAAGCAGCCCAUUUGGACUGGCUGGACACUUGAUGCGGAAUGGUGGUAUCUCGUUGAAUUGCCUUGCUGUAAUUU